AUGAAGAAAUUCGUCUCGAGAAUGGUUACACACGCUCCCCGGCAAUUCGCCCCAUUGAAGCCAGGCGCUGCAGUAAACUCAACUGCACCUCGACUCAAAGGCAUUGUGUUCGAUGUUGAUGGAACGUUAUGGUACGUGAUCAGGUGUCUCAUUGCUUGUAGCCAUCAUACUUUCUCAUUCUCAUCAAGUGAACCUCAAACGUACAUGUUCGGCGAGAUGCGUCAAGCCCUCGGCAUCACAAAGAAAGUAGACAUCCUCGACCAUGUCUACUCCCUCCCCACAAAGGAGGAACAAGAGACAGCAAUGGAGUCCAUUCGCCACAUUGAGCGUACGGCCAUGGCAUCUCAGGUGGCCCAGCCGGGCCUCGUGGAGCUCAUGUCCUACCUCGACAGCCGCGGCGUCCGCAAGGGCAUCUGCACCCGCAACUUCGACGCGCCCGUGGCACACCUUCUCGGGAAGUUCCUCGAGGGGUCACUUUUCGAACCCAUCGUGACCCGCGACUUUCGUCCGCCUAAGCCAGAUCCCGCAGGGAUUCUGCAUAUUGCGCGAAACUGGGGUCUUGUCAAAGAAACAAGCACCUCGACUGAUGCAAAGGAGACAACCGUCGGUGAUGGUAGUGAGUUGAUCAUGGUUGGGGACUCGAUCGAUGACAUGAUAGCUGGGCGAAGAGCUGGCGCGGCGACAGUGCUCCUUGCCAACGAUGUCAAUGUACAUUUGGUCGACCACGAGCACACUGACUUGGUGAUUCGCCGAUUAGACGAGCUGAUUCCUAUCCUUGAGGAUGGUUUUAGCAGCAGGGAGCCAGUUUCAUCGACAUAA